AUGGAUCACGAAAUUCGUCAACAGUCAGGCCGCAAUGGGGAUUUGUCCCCCAAAAACGACAAACUCGCUAUACCAAUGGAUGAGAUUAGGCUCUUGUCAUCUCGCGAAUUAGCAGGUGACUCCGAAACGUCCAGCUCAGAAAAUCUUAAAGGGUUAUCACAACGCCCUGGUGUUAUCAAAAGAUGCUUCCACAAUCUCUACAAGCAAUGGGAGUCCUACAAAUCAAAACCCUGGAACAUGUGCAUUUUGCUCGUAUUAGGCACCGUUUUUGCUCUUGGGCACCACCUCUUCUAUUUGAUGCUUGAUGAGAAACCCGCCACCGACCAAUCCCUCAUGCUCCGAUAUGGUACCAUCCUUGCAUUCUGUGCCAAAGCUAGCCUUGGUACCGCAGCUGCCAUGGCCUUCCAACAGAGAGCUUGGCUGGUUCUCCGCCAUAAGAUGGCACGCCUCGAUACUGUCGACUCCAUCUUUACUGCCAAUACCGACAUCUUUUCAUUAUUGACCUGGUCUUCCAUCAAUAAAGCCAAGAUCGGAACUCUUAUUGCGGUCUAUUGUUGGAUAACACCGCUAGUAGUGGUAUUAACUUCUGAAACCCUAUCUGUUGUGGUCGGAACAAGGGUGGAAAACGGAACAUGUCCGAAUGUACGGACCUUGAACUUCUCAAAUCAAAAAAUUGUUUAUUGGCGCACGCCGAUGAAAGUCAAUGACCGUUUUCUUAUGUCAGUGUCCCUUUGGAACACAACUACCGAUGGUGAAACAAUCAAUUCAACUGACUCAAACGAGUUCGACUAUUUUACUGGUUCUUCCCAGCAAUGGGAUGGUAUGAUUGCGUCCAGGGUUGUCUUAUCAACCGAGCCUCUCGUUAGGAAAGAAACGGGUCAAGAGAUCUGCUCAGCCCGUUGGAAUUGCUCCUAUGUUAUCAGCUUUGUCGCCCCAGGUUACAAAUGCGAGGAGCUUGCGUCCGGGGUCAAUUCUGAAGUGCGAAAUCUCGGGCAAGCAACACCACCUUUCGACACGAGCGCUCUCGCGCCAAUGGGGAAUUACACAUAUUAUGCAAAGAACGACUUGGGGGAGUAUCAAAAUCCCCAGAUACUGUCUGGUGCUGGGGGCCGGCCAAAACAAAAGCCUCCGUACCCAAAGAACCUGGGUGCGUUUAGAGCAGAACCUAUCAUGUGGAUCGGGUAUUGUACUGUCAAAAAUCACUCGAAGCCACAACCACCUGAACCAAGAAAGGGGGAUUGGUAUAAAGCCUAUACGCCAGUGAUUAUUGGCUGUGAACAUUACGAAGUCAACUACACCAUUAAAUUUGACUUUGUGGAAGGGGUACAGUCGCACAAGAUUCUUCAUCGCAAAUACAUCAGAAAGGUUGUUAAUACUACUCUCACAUCGGAAAGGGAUCAAGAUAAGCGGCUCAAAGACCGAACAAAGGCAGUUCCAGAGAAAAACUACGUAUAUCCUCUUGAUAUUGGGAAAUAUCGGCUUACCGCAGCUUAUCACUCACUUGGUUACACUCUACGACGAACCUUGAAUGGGACAACGACAAUGCCCAAUUUCAAUGUUAAUUCACAGAUUCUUAUAACACCAUUAGUCGAUAGGAUAAAUUAUCUUCCCGUGGAGAACUUCCGUCACGCUAUCAUGAACAUGUACGAAAAUAUGGUCCUAUCAUUAUUAUCGGACCCCUCCUUCAGUGUGGUAUCAUGGGCUUCAAACGGUAAACCAUCAGGACCUUUCAAAGGUGGAGCGGAAACAGCCUAUCCUUGCCGCAAGUAA